AUGUUGUCCAAUCCACUCCAUCGAUUCUCGCCAUAUCACGGCAUGCAGUCGAGCACCCUCUUCUCCAACGCCCAGGUCUCAAACGGUCAUCCUAACACGAACGGGCUAGACCCGCUGACGCCGAACUCGCAUUAUGCAUUGCAACAACUUCAACAACAUGUAGGAGUGCACAACAACAACCCUCACUUGGCCCGGGGAGCCCCUCAGUCGAAGCACCGUCAACACCCAUACGGUCCUGCGGCAGCUCGAUCAUCCAGCACUUCCGGGCCCGUCAGGAGGAGGAUCAGUCGAGCGUGCGAUCAAUGCAACCAGCUACGCACAAAAUGCGACGGGCAGCACCCUUGCGCCCACUGCGUAGAAUUCGGGCUAGGCUGCGAGUAUAUCCGUGAAAGAAAGAAGAGAGGCAAAGCGUCUCGGAAGGACCUUGCGGCGCAAGCUGCUGCUCAAGCCUCGGCGGGAGGGACGGGUCCCGGUCAAAAGUCACCCUCCGACGACAACGGCCACCCGUCAGAGCAAUCCGAGCCUGUCGAUGGCAAAGCUGGACAGCCGCUGGGCAGCGACCCGCAGCAGACCCGCAGCGGAAAGACUAUGGACGACAUGAGUGACGAUACUAUGCAGCACAGCCAGAGGACAGGCUCGCUCGAUAGCCUAGGAGACUUGACUGGUCAUCCCGCUCACUUGUCAGCUCACCACGGGAUGGACCGAGACCACCUGGAGAGUCCGACAACGCUGGACCUCAACGGUUACGGCGGCGUCCACGGCGCAUACGACAGACAAGGUAUGAGCACGCACAUGAUGGCAGGAUCAGCGCAUGCGGCAUACGGCCCCAACCCGGGCGGCAUGUCGGCAUAUCCCGAGAUGCCAUAUGCGAUGCAGACGCAGAGCCCGACAGCUUAUGCCAACGGCGCGCCAUUCCGGAUCGCCGCCAGUCCCAUCAGCGCAUACCCCUUGGGAGGCGAACCGACAUCUCCCGAAUGGAUAUCCAUGUCGUCUCCGCCGGCACACUACCAGUCUCACAUGCCUCCAAGCAGCUACGGCCAUGCGGCCGCCCAACAGCUCCGGUAUCCCGUGUUGCACCCCCUGCUCCCCCACCUGGGGAAUCUUCUCCCGAUCUCCCUGGCCUGCGACCUGAUUGACCUCUACUUUGCGUCAUCCUCGUCGGCACAGAUGCACCCGAUGUCGCCGUACGUCUUAGGAUUCGUCUUCCGCAAGAGGUCUUUCCUCCACCCGAACAAGCCGAGACAAUGCCAGCCUGCUCUCCUGGCCAGCAUUCUCUGGGUAGCGGCGCAGACCAGCGAUGCCCCCUUUCUGACCAGCGUACCGUCGGCCCGCGGAAAGAUCUGCCAGAGGCUGCUGGAGCUGACCGUCAGCCUGCUCAAGCCGCUCAUCCACACACCAUCCGGCGACACAUCUCCGGUAACCAGCCCCGCCAUUGACGGCGUGGCGCUCGGCGGGCUGGGGGUCGCACUUCCUGGAUCCAUCAGCAUGGACGCGUUGACGGGCGAGUCCGGCCCAUUCGGCGCUGCCGGGACCCUGGACGACGUCAUCACCUACAUCCACCUCGCCACGGUGGUCUCCGCCAGCGAGUACAAGGGCGCAAGCCUUCGAUGGUGGAACGCGGCCUGGUCGCUGGCUCGCGAGCUCAAGCUCGGCCGCGAACUGCCGCCGUUGCCCCUGUCCAUGAACCAGCCCAACGGCCACGAGGUGGACGGCGAUGCGGACGGUGAAACGGACCUGGGCGGCAACGGCCACCCGGGUGUCAUCACGGAGGAAGAGCGCGAGGAGCGCCGUCGGAUAUGGUGGCUCACAUACAUCGUUGACCGGCAUCUGGCCCUUUGCUACAACCGGCCCUUGUUCCUGCUCGACCUCGAAUGCGCCGGUCUGUUGCAGCCGAUGGACGACACGGCGUGGCAGAACGGGGAGUUCCGCCGGACCCAAGCCACGACCGAUCCGAGUCUCGGAGACGCCGACAGCGGCCAGCCGAGCCGCGUGCGUGGGCCGCACUUUGAGUGCACGGGGCACAGCAUAUUCGGCUACUUCCUGCCUCUCAUGACCAUCCUCGGCGAGAUCGUCGACCUUCACCACGCCCGGAACCACCCCCGGUUCGGCGUCGGCUUCCGCUCCGCCCGCGAGUGGGACGACCAGGCCGGCGAGAUCACGCGGCACCUCGAGGCGUACGAGAAGAGCCUCGGGCGGUUCGAGCAGCAGCACCUCACGCGGAUCAACAUGGGCGUGGAAGAAAAGGGCGACGCGGCCAACACGGAGGGCGCGGAGCACGGCCCGAUCGCGGACAUUGGCACGCCGUCGGUGCACUCGGUGCACACCAACGCGUCGUCGAACCGCAUGACGGAGAGCGACAUCCAGACCAAGAUCGUCAUGGCGUACGGCACGCACGUCAUGCAUGUCCUGCACAUCCUGCUGGCCGGCAAGUGGGACCCGAUCAACCUCAUCGACGACAACGACCUGUGGAUCUCGUCCCAGGGCUUCAUCACCGCCACGGGCCACGCCGUGUCGGCCGCCGAGGCCAUCAACAACAUCCUCGAGUUCGACCCGGGCCUCGAGUUCAUGCCCUUCUUCUUCGGCAUCUACCUGCUUCAGGGGUCCUUCCUCCUGCUGCUCAUCGCCGACAAGCUCCAGCUGGAGGCGUCCCCGAGCGUCGUCAAGGCGUGCGAGACCAUCGUGCGGGCCCACGAGGCCUGCGUCGUGACGCUCAACACGGAGUACCAGCGCAACUUCAGCAAGGUGAUGCGGAGCGCCCUGGCGCAGGUCCGCGGCCGGGUGCCGGAGGACCUCCACGAGCAGCACCAACGCCGGCGGGAGCUGCUCGCUCUGUACCGCUGGACCGGCGACGGCACCGGACUGGCUCUCUGA